AUGAGCCUGCUUUCAGCACGACAGCAAGAUGAGGUCAAUAGCGUCGAGUCGAUCUAUGGUGAUAUUUUCACGGAUAUCACCCCGCAAGGUCUCAUAUGGAACAAAAAACCCAGUCCCCACUUCCAGAUACGACUAGAAACCGAUCUGGAGCCCGAUAAACCUUCGAUGAGUUUGGUUUUGGACAUUGAAUUCACGCCAACAUAUCCCAAAUCACCUCCGCUUGUGCGGUUAUUGAACCCCAAAAACCUCUUGAAACACAUGAUUCUGGCAAUGGACCAGAAAGUACGCAGUCUUAUCAAGGAGUACGCCGAAGAGGAGGUCUCUUUUAUCAUUAUCUCAGAGAUCAAAGAUAUGCUUGACGAUUUUCACUCCAAGUCAGAAAAGGUUCUCUCUUUGGAAGAAGAGCGGGAAGUUCGAUUGCAAAAGGAGCGGCUUCAAUUGGAGCAGGAAGAAGCGUUGCGGCGCCGAGAGGAAGAGAGCGCACAAAGAAGGCAGAAUGAAGAACUUAACCAAGAAAUACUCAAGAUUCAAGACGAAUAUUACGAAGAUACUCCGGACGGAACAACCGAGGAAGAAGACGGAUCUGCAGACUUGGUGCCUCCUAAUGCCGACGACUUUAUUGUGUUUGAGAAACCAAUGGUCGGAUUCACAGAGUCACCCAGAGUUAUGUUCACUUUCCGUACCGUUCUGGAACCGAUACGAUAUAAGAAACCAGAUCUUUUAUCGUCAAUCGCACACCAGCAAAUUGUUACUCCCUACAUUGUCCCAGCACUCUCCACGAAAUUGCACGGUGCCCUCAUACCCACGUACUUGCUUUCAGAUAUUAUGCUUACAUGCGACCAUUGGCUCACCGACGACGGCAAGAAAGAAAUACAACUGUUGGAAUCAGAGCUCCAAAAUGUCAUGAAUGUCAAGCACGAAAACAUCUCGUCGUUGGUGGGAUUUCAGAUUGACAGACAGGAAAAAGGCUGGAGAAUCCGUCUACUCACAGACUAUUCUCCCCAAUCACAAUCUCUUCAAGAAAUACUAGCUGCUCAACACAAAAUAUCCUGGUCCACCGCUCGCACCUGGUUGAUACAAGUGCUUCCAGCCAUUGAGUCCUUGCACAAUAUUGGGCUCGUACAUAAAGCAAUUUGCCCAUUGACGGUAAUUUCCAUCCCUAAUGGACUGUCUGCCAGCACACUAAAACUAUGCCACAUAUCCUAUGGAUACUGCUUACUUCAAAUGGCCCACGAAUACCCUAAUAAUAAUCAAAAACCGAAGGACCCUGUUGAUGUCAUGGGCAAUUCUGCUCUUUGGAUAGCUCCUGAGCUCAGCGAUGGUUUUGAAAACUUCACCGUGAAAAGCGAUAUCUGGGAUCUUGGUGUACUUUUCAUGAAAGUGAUGCUAGGAAAGAACUCAACAGAAACCUACAAGACCCCAACUCGCUUCUUGAGCAGUUUCAAGGCUUCUGAUUUCCCAAAUGACGAAGACAACGCCAAUUUGGUGUUCGACCUUCUUUCAAAAAUGUUCCAAAAAAAACUAUUCAAACGUCCCAGUCCACUAGAAUUGAACGCUGUUAGGUUUGUUCGUGAUGGGCCUGUGGCCAUUCAACAAAAUAGCCAACUUCCACACCCAUCUGGCUCUCCAUCGCAUCUGACGGGUAUGUCUCAUCUCAACUUAGCAGCUUCUAGGCGCCAAAGUAACCACCAUGAACUGUUGGAUGUUGGUGAGUCGAAGACCAGGAAUGUAGGAAGAUACGAGCGUGACUUCGAAGAGGUGGGCAUCAUCGGGAAAGGAGGAUUCGGAGAGGUAGUGAAAGCACGAAAUCGUUUGGAAGGCACCUUCUAUGCUAUCAAGAAAAUCAAGCAUAGAGCAGACAAACUCGACUCUCUUCUUAGCGAAGUGUUAUCCUUGGCCAGGCUAAACCAUCAGUACAUUGUGAGAUACUAUGGAACUUGGGUUGAAGAGAUAGACGAAGCUGAUCAAGCGGCUGAACAUGAGGAUGAGGCAAGCGAUGAUGAUUUCGAGAGCCCAGUAAAUGUACGCUCGACAUCGUUUUUAGCAAGCCAAGACAGCUCUUUUCAGAUCGAUUUUAUUUCCAAUUCUUUUGAUCCUCAGUUGGACAUUCCUAGCGAAGAUGACCUAUUUGAAUUUGCCAAUUCGACGGAAAACGACGAGUCGACAUCCGGUGGAGAUUUGUGGUCCGACAUCACUUCUAACGAGGGAUCCAAGAAAGAGAAGAGAACUAGCUCGAAAUCGAAGCGCUCGAUACUAUACAUCCAGAUGGAGUUUUGCGAAAACAAUACCCUUUUGAACUUGAUCGAGCAGGGUCUUCCAUACAAUCCUAAUGAGUAUUGGCGAUUAUUUCGACAGCUUCUUGAAGCGGUUUCAUAUAUUCAUCAGUCAGGGUUUAUUCAUCGAGACCUCAAGCCUAUGAAUAUUUUCAUCGACAAAUCGAACAACAUCAAAGUUGGUGAUUUUGGAUUAGCAAAAAACUCACAAUUUUCCCUGGUGGUUCUGACAAACAAUCAAGUGGAGGCUGCAAAUAAAGACCUCUCCACUGUUGUGGGAACUGUAUUUUACACCGCACGAGAAGUGGCUACUGGAGAUUACGAUGAAAAAGUGGAUAUGUACUCACUUGGAAUUGUAUUCUUCGAAAUGUGUUAUCCCUUGUCCACAGGUAUGGAAAGGGCACAGACUUUGAAUGAACUAAGGCUCUCAAGUAUCAACUUUCCUUCUAAUUUUGUGGAGUCGAAAUACAAAAUGGAGAAGAAAAUCAUAAAAGUUCUACUUGAUCACAAUCCCAAAGAGCGCCCAAGCGCAUCUGAGCUCCUACAAAGUGGAUGGCUUCCGGUCGAACAUCAGGAUCAAGUUAUCAAAGAGGCAUUACGAUCGUUGGCUGACCCUGCGUCUCCUUGGCAACAUCAAGUUAGAGAGACUCUUUUUAAUCAACCAUACCUGUUGGCUCACGAUUUGAUGUUCGAUAAUAGCAGUCGAAACUCCCAUAGUAUCGAGAACACAACGAGAGAUUAUCUUUUGUUCAGCAAUAUGAUUGAUACUUUGUUUGGAAUUUUCAGAUUACAUGGUGCAAUCGAAGACUAUAGCUCUGAUAUUCUACUACCCAAAUCGCAAAACUUAUCUGCUGGCCAGGUGUACGACGUGCUUGAUCGGAGCGGUACCGUUCUUUCGCUUCCGUAUGAUUUGAUUCUUCCCAAGGCAAGAUUUUUGAGUCGAAAUAACAUUGAUAUCGCCAAGUUAUACUGUCACGAGUUUGUCUACCGACCCAAUAUUCGGGGUCCAGGUACUCCAGACAAAUACAGCUCGGUAAAUUUUGAUAUAACGACACACGACAGAAGCCUUUUACCAAUCAAUGAUGCUGAGUGUUUAAAAGUGGUCGAUGAAAUUUUGCAUCAUUUUCCCUGCUUCAAAGCCAAAGGUUCUCAGUGCUUAAUUCUCAUUAACCAUUCCGACAUUAUCAAUUCCGUAAUAACCUUUGCAUUUGGCAAUAUUGGAAUCAGCGAUCGCAAGCGCCACGAAGUUAUUGGGGUUCUUUCUCAGCUUGGAAUCGAAAAAAGUCCGGAAGAAAUCAAAAGAUAUCUACGUGAAGACUUCAAUGUUCCACACACAGUGACCAGAGACUUGGUGGAUACCUUCAAUUUUAUGGGAGAGCCCGACGAUGCAAGGAGAAAGUUGAAGAAAGCCAUGGUUGACUCGCCAUACUUUGUUAAAGUUGAGAAGGCUCUCGUUUAUAUUAUGGAUGUGUUGUCGAUUCUUCGAAAGUUUGGCGUGAAGUCAGGAGUUUAUCUUUCACCACUCAGCAACUACAAUUGCCAGUAUUACACUGGUGGAAUAAUGUUCCAGGCUAUUUUUCGCUUGGAUACCAAACGCCGGUUCGCCAGAGUUCUCACUGGAGGCAGGUAUGAUAAACUAGUUUCAUCGCUAGCUAACGUGGACAUAAAUAAGGCAAUAACUCCACAUGCGGUGGGUUUGCUGCUAACAUCCACAUUUCUUUUCCUUCUUUUGAAAAGUAGGAAAAUCGGGCCGAAUGAAAAGUACAGCGAAACUCAAUGGAGGGGAACCAGGUGCGAUGUCUUGAUCACCAGUACCAACAAAUCGCUUGUUCGUCUUGCUGGAUUUGAAAUUGCUCAGUCUUUAUGGAAGAAUCGAAUCAGUUGUGACUUUGCGUAUUCUGCUUCUCAAACUGAUAUUAUGGAUCAAGCGGCCCAAGAUGGGUGUGGUUGGAUCGUCUUCAUCAAGCAAACAAACUCACUGCUGAGAGUCAAAUCCAGAAGAGGUCCAAGUAACUUUAAGCCGUUAAGAGUAAGAAGUGUUCAAUCUGAAAAAGAUACAGAUUUGGAGUACGAAGAACUCGUUCCUUUUCUCGCUGAAGAAAUCAAUGGAAGUAAUGAAGAUGAGUCUGAAAGACACGACAUGAAUUAUACUGACUCUUCACUCGACUCCAUGCCCACAGGCCCAUUAUUUUCCACGGAUAUCAAUAAUAGAGUCAUUGUGGUUCCCAAUGAUGCUCCAAGAGGCCGCAAAAAUAACAAGCGUGAAAAGUGGGAGCUUGAAAACGAUUCCAAAAUGGCAUCUGCCAAUUUUAUCAAAACUUUGUCUAAUGCUCCAGUGAUAGACCUAGAUGUUCAAGAUGAGGUUUUAGACAUGAUUCUGAUCACUCCUCUUCGCCAACAAGAUGAAUGGGUACGCAAAAUCGUAUACUUUUCCAACAACUUUCCCAAGAGCUUCGGGGUCAACAUCUACAAUACUUUGAAAAAGGAAGCCAACAAAGGAACACAAUGGGCAAUGCUACACAGCUCGAAAACCGACAAGACUUGUGUCAUAGAUCUACAACGACAAUGA